GCUUCCUAUUCUAGAGCACUUCAAGUCGUGAUCGCAAUAUUUGAACAACCGCUGUACCGCUGUGAGAAGUUUGGGCAACACUCAACACCGUUACCGCUUUUAGAGGCUCUUCUCGGGAAACGUGUAGUUCCUGGCUGCUGUUGCACAGUGAAGAUGAGUUGUGAGGAUAUUAUUCCUGUGUGCGCAGUGCAACUUGGAGAAAACUUCUGCCUCUAUUUUGCAGAUGAUGAUGGGCUGGAAUGCGAUGCCUUGGCAGAGGAACAAAUUUUCCAACAUCGAGUCUUCCGAAAUGAAUAUAGGCAGUUGCUUGUGUUUCGACCAGAUCUGCAGCUGGCAGCGUUUGAGAAUGUGACAGAUCAGGAGAUGAAGUGUGGCAGUGGAAUGCACUUCAACAUUCACUGUUUCAAAACCACCACGCCUUCAGCAGGGAUGCCUGUUGCAUUCAGCAUUCAGAUACAGGACAAGAAUUAUUACAUGUGCUGCGAGGAAGAAGAAAUUGGGAAACCAAUAGUUCAAUUUAAGGAAGGAAAAGUUCCCACAGACAUUCCUCAAGAAAGCAACUUCAUUUUCUUCAAAAAGACAUUUACUUCUUGUAGCAGCCAAGCAUUCAAGUUCGAAUAUGCACUAAAACAAGGCAUGUUCCUGGCCUUUGAAAAAGAAGGCUGCCUGAGAAAACUAAUUUUAAAGAAAAUGUCAAGUGAAGAUGAAGUGGAUGAAACUAUGAAGUUUAACUUAAAUCAAAAUGAAAGUUAUAACUAGUGACAUACUUGGAUCUUCUUAAAAUGUAUUCCCUGACUUCAAAUAAAUAAAUAAAUAAAUGUUGUUCCUUCUUCA